CUGCAAUCCCCCAUUCAACUUCAACACAACACCUCUGCUUGCUUUUUCGCUCUCUUUAUCUCUUUCUCUCUUCAACUUUUUUUAUUGCUUCAAAAAUGGCCAUUAGAAAGUCACACAAGCUGACACAACCAGCAGUCCUGAAGCAAAUUCUGAAGAGAUGUUCAAGUUUAGGGAAGAAGCACGGGUACGACGAGGAUGGGCUUCCAGAUGACGUACCAAAAGGUCACUUUGCAGUUUAUGUUGGUGAAAACAGAAGUAGAUACAUUGUUCCAAUCUCAUUCUUGACUCAUCCUGAGUUUCAAUGCUUACUUCGACAAGCUGAAGAAGAGUUUGGAUUUGAUCACGAUAUGGGCCUCACUAUUCCUUGUGAAGAAGUUGUUUUUCGCUCUUUAACAUCAACGCUUAGAUGAAACAAAAUCUUUAAAGUGUGGGUUCGCUUGGAGAAGAUGAUCCUUAAGAUGAAGCUAGCUAGCUAAUUAACACAUCCACUUUUGCAGGCUUCUCUUUUUUUAACAUCUUCUUUGUUGUGAUUCUUGAUGAUGUCGAUGGUUUUUUAUUCCUAUGUUUCUUUAAUUUUUUUCACUUUGGUCCCCAUUAAUCUGGGUUUUUAAGUGUACGGUGUACUCUAACUGUAAUGUACCCAACAAAUGUAAGCUGUGGGUUAGAUUUAUAAAAUUGUAAGGGUUUUCCUCACAGAUAUCGAUGCUCUGUGAGAGAAGUUAAUGAAUGUCAAUGAAAUUAAGCAAGCAGACUUUGGAUUA